CAUCAUGGCGGACUUUGCAAACCGUGGCGAAGUGACGUGAAUCAUUUCGGUCGGAAAUAAAUAUCUAAAUAGCCUCUAAUUGAGGUAGUGGACAUGUGCACGGUUGAUUUCCUUAGUUAAGUCCAAGAAACUUGAACAUAAGCUGUUAUCAGGGAUAUUGCCACCCAAAGAGCGUAGAGAAGUUGAAGUGGUCAAAUACAACCAUGUCUACCACAUCAAGCUUGCCAGCUACAUACAAGGCUGGAUAUCAUGACGAAGCCGCAGUGAAGAAGAUGGUAUACAGAUCUCUGGGCUCCACAGGCAUGGAUGUGUCCAUACUCAGCUUUGGAGCCUCUGCCUUGGGCAGCGUUUUCAGAGCGACUGAUGACAGCGAAUCCCUCAGAGUAGUGGAGCAUGCUGUGAAGAGUGGCAUUAAUUACAUCGACACUGCGCCCUGGUAUGGCCACGGAAAGUCAGAAUCUGUCCUCGGAAAGGCCCUACAAAACAUCCCCAGGGAGACGUAUUACUUGUCCACCAAGGUGUGCCGUUACUUGCCAGAGACAGCCAAAAUGUUCGACUUUUCGGCUGAGCGCACCAUCCGCAGUGUAGACGAGAGCCUACAACGGCUGGGCCUGGAAUAUGUCGAUGUCAUACAGGUGCACGAUAUGGAGUUUGCUCCCAACCUUGACAUUGUUAUCCAAGAGACAUUGCCUGCCCUUCAGAAGGUCAAGGACUCUGGCAAGGCCAAAUUUAUUGGAAUAACAGGGUACCCACUGGAAAAUUUCAAAACAGUUUUAGAAAGGAGCCAAGUGAAAAUUGACACAAUUCUGACUUACUGCCAUGGGUCAAUGAAUGACAACUCCCUAGUGGAUUAUCUCCCUUACUUCAAGGAGAAAGGUGUUGGGGUUGUCAAUGCAUCACCCAUCAGCAUGGGUCUCCUGUCCAAUCGUGGCCCGCCUUCCUGGCACCCUGCCACAGACGAUAUAAAGGAGGCUUGCAUGAAGGCUGUAGCUUAUUGUCAGAGCAAAGAUGUAGAUAUUUCCAAACUGGCUAUGAAGUUCAUCCUGGAUCAAGAAGACAUUCCAACCACAUUAGUGAGUACUGCAAGCCUUGCUAAUCUGGACAAAAACCUAGCCUCGGUGUUCACAGAGUUGACAGAGCUGGAGAAAUCGACGCUAGAAGAAGUCAUGGACAAGUUUAUGCGGCCAUUGAAGAAUAAGACGUGGGAAGGUGUGGAACUGGAACAGUAUCAAGAAAACUUAAGGAAGGCCCACUAAUGUAACAUACAUGUAGAAAUUUUUUUAUUUAUUUUUUUUUUUACAAGUACUACUGUAAUUAUUCAACCUUUUCGCUUGUUGUUUAUUCAAGCAAAUUCUACCUGUGUUGGCUAUAUAAAUGUAGUUUUGUCUCCAAAAUCAAAUUAAAAAUAUGCAUAAAAUGCAUAAAAAGUUGCUCUUUCAUACAUGUAUGUGAUAAGGUUGAGGAAUUAUGAGAAUGCUGAAAAUACAUGUUGGAAACAAAAAUAUUAGGAUGAUUUUGAAAAGUAUGAAGGGUAUUGACAUUUAUGAACUGGUAUUGAAACUUUUUGUGUGGAUACUUGUGGGGUUAUAUGAGUUUUGUGAAACCACAUGAGUUUAUGGAACUACAUGAGUUUAUGGAACUACACGAGUUUGUGGAACUAUGUGAGUUUAUGAAACCACAUGAGUUUGCGGAACUACGUGAGUUUGUGAAACUACAUGGGUUUUGUGGAACUGCAUGGGUUUUGUGGAAAUACAUGGGUUUUGUGGAACUGCAUGGGUUUUGUGGAACUGCAUGGGUUUUAUGGAGCUAAUUGUUUUGUGUCUUUUUUGUGGGGUGGGGGUUGGGGUUGAGGGUGCUGGUUGGGGUUGAGGAGGUUGGGGGAGAAGAGGAAUAAUGGAUCAAGACGUUGUUGGGCCUGGUGUAUUAUACUUUUUAAAAUUGCUGAGAAAAUGUCUGAAACAUGCAUAGAAAAUUAGCUUUUCAUUCAUGUAUCAGUAAUAAAACCACAAACAAAGCUACGUGUAUAUGAUAAGCCAUUAUUUCUCAGACUUUUAUGAGUUGCAAUCUUUCAUUUGUUUAUUCAGUGUAUUGAGAAGUUUACUUUGCAGUAGGUAUACAUUGUAUUGUAGUCAGUGCUUUAAUAGGAUGCUAGGGGGAAAACCACUGCUACUGGAGCACCUACAAUAAUAGGAGGUCUUAUAUUUGAAUUCUGCUGAAAACUUGAUAAAAGAGGGCUGAAAUAGGCAAGGACCUGUUUUCACUAAAACUUAGUAAUUCUGUUUUGUCGUAUUUUAUUGUAUAUAUCAUUAAUCACCUAUAAUUUUAGGAUUUUUUUCAUUGAAAUAAUCAUUCGGCUGUAUUAUUAAAAGUUGGUAAGGUCUCUGAUUAACGGUAAGAUAACAUAAAACAGGGUGAAUAGGUGGGGAAAAGUCUGUCAUUGAAAUUAUAGGCGCUUUACUGUUUUUAAAGCAGCGUGAUUGCUGAGAAUUGAAAGUAAUCCCAUGCCGUUGAUCUGUGAUGGUAGGUCUGUAUAGCAUUUUGUUUUUCUGUGGGGUUUUUUUGUAAAGGAGUACUUUGGGGGGAGGGGGUGGAUAAAACACAGUAAUUGUUCAGUAGUUCAUACG